UGUGCACAACGGUCCAGGAUCAAAGAUGGCGGCAGCCUGCGACCCGCUGGAGGACAUGCUGUCCAACGAGGUGGACGAGAAGGCGGUCAGCGACCUGGUCGGGUCCCUGGAGUCUCAGCUGGGCCACGCCAACACGCUUUCCGACGGGAAACCGGACCCGGCUCCAGCCACGGGACACCUCUCAGGGACAGGGCACCGGAGACCGGGGACCGGGACCCAGGAACCGGGCGCCAAGGAGCCGCUGUCCGGUACAACUGUGUCCUCCUCUCCCCCCGCAACCAGCACCACCGGGGCCGGGGGGACCACCGGGCUCACUACCGGGCUCACUACCGGGCUCACUACCGGGCUCACUACCGGGGGGACCACCGGAGCCUCCCCGCAGACUGCUUCCUCUGGACCGGGACCCGGAGCUUUGACCAGUCAGCCCGCCCCCCCCUCCAGCUUCCCCCGGGCUCCGGGCUCGGUGGACUCGGUGCCGACCUCGUCCCCGUCCGGACUCCUGACUCUGAACGGCGGCCCGGUGAAGUCGGUGAACUCUCCCUCCGGGACUCCUCAGACCUCGGGGGGGACCCCCUCCGUGGCCCCCCAGAGACACCCCAGCCCGGCCACGGCCGCCCACAACGGCUUGGACCCCAAAGGAGCCCAGGGUGGGCCCUCCAGCCAGGUGUUGAACCACAGCACCCCCCUGAUACACACCAAGAUGCUGGUGUCCAGUCAGCCGGUCUCGGGGGGCCCCGUCCUCCUGGCCAGCACCCCCCCUCCGGCUGCAGCCCAGUCCCCCAUCACCCAGACCCAGACCCAGACCCAGGGCUCCGGGGCCAAGCCUGCAGUCAACGGGGUGGUCCAACCCGCCACCGUGGCCCUGGUGAGGCCGCCGGGGGCUCCCGUGAUGGCCACCUCCAUCCAGCAGAGACCCGGUCUUGUGGCCCCCUCCCCCCGUGGGGUCACCCCACAACCAGCACUGGCAGUCCGGCCGCAGCAGCAGACCACCAUCCAGCUGCCCCCCGGGUUCAGCAUGCCAGCCGGUAUGGUUCUGGUCCGGACCGAGACAGGCCAGCUGGUCAUGGUCCCCCAGCAGGUUCUGGCUCAGGCCCAGGCCAAGACUCAGCAGAACCAGACGGUGACCAACAUCACCCAGAGACCUGCGACCCCCACGGCCACCAUCCGGGUCAGCACCGCCACUACGGCUCCUGGUUCUCCUCAGACCGUUCGCCUGGCCACCCCCGCGCCCCAGCCCAGGAUGGUUCAGUCCCCCGCCACCACAGCUGUCCAGAAGACCGUCUCCGUGUCCCCCAGUGGCGCCGUGUCCGUGAAGAUUCCCCCUAAGACGGUGAUCACAGCGGGGGGGGCAGCUCCAUCCAAACCUACCGGGACGCCGGCCACGCCCCAGACCACAACCCCCGCCCCCCAGGCCGCCCCCCAGGCUGCCCCCAGGGUCACCGUGGUGUCGCAGGAGAUGCAAGAGAAUGUGAAGAAGUGUAAGAACUUCCUGGCGACGCUCAUCAAGCUGGCGUCUCAUAAUUCCCCGUCGCCAGAUACGUCCAAGAAUGUGAAGGGCCUGGUCCAGGACCUGCUCGAUGCUAAGAUCGAGCCUGAGGAGUUCACCACUCGGCUGCAGGCUGAGCUGAAGUCCUCCCCUCAACCCUACCUCAUCCCCUUCCUGAAGAAAAGCCUCCCUGCUCUGCGUCAGUCUCUCCUCAGCAGCCAACAGUCUCUGAUGACCCCGCCCACCACCUCCGCCCCCCCUCUGGCCUCCCCUGCCCCCGGCUCCGCCUCCAUCCGACCACGGCUUCCCAUCAGCCCCGCGGGCGGCGGCGUCCGGCCCAGCGCCCCCCCCCUGGCCGUGACCAGACCAGGAGUCCAGACUCUUCAGACUCGUCCACAUGUUGUCGUGGGUCACUUCAGACCUCCAGGGACUCUGGUGAGACCCACGACCAUCGCAGGGAAGAGCCCCGUGAACCUGGCGGCUCCGGCCAAUCAGAAGAAGCUCAGUGACCCAGGGGGCGGGACCUUCAGAGAUGACGACGACAUCAACGACGUGGCGUCGAUGGCCGGAGUCAACCUCAACGAGGAGAACGCCCGUAUCCUAGCAACAAGCUCCGAGCUCGUCGGGACCAAGAUCCGGUCCUGUAAGGACGAGUCCUUCCUGCCUCCGGGUCUCCUGCACCGGCGCAUCCUGGACACGGCCAAGAAGCUGGGGGUCAGCGAGGUUCCUCUGGAGGUGGUGAACUUCAUCUCCCACGCCACCCAGACCAGACUACGCUCGCUCCUGGAGAAGGUCUCAGUCGUGGCUCAGCAUCGCACAGACGGUGGAAAGGACGAGGAGCAUCACGACCAGACGUCGGACGUUCGCUCUCAGCUCCGGUUCUUCGAGCAGCUGGAGAGGAUGGAGAAGCAGAGGAAGGACGAGCAGGAGAGGGAGAUUCUGCUGAAAGCCGCCAAGAGUCGGGCCAGACAAGAAGAUCCCGAACAGGCCCGGCUGAAGCAGAAGGCCAAAGAGAUGCAGCAGCAGGAACUGGCUCAGAUGCGACAACGAGACGCCAACCUCACGGCCCUCGCCGCCAUCGGGCCCCGCAAGAAACGCAGGAUGGACUCAGCGGGUGGCGCCCCGUCUGGAACCGAGGUGGCGUCGUCCUCAGGUGCAUCGUCCUCCUCUUUGUCCUCGUCCUCGUCCCGACAGCAGCUCCGUCAGAGAAUCACCAGAGUCAACCUCAGGGACUUCAUCCUGUGUCUGGAGCAGGAGCGCAGGACCUCCCACUCUCUGCUGCUCUACAAGGCCCUGCUCAAGUGACUCCUCCUGCACCUCCUCAUCUCUUCCUCCUCCUCCUCCCUCCUCUCUUCUCCCCCCUCCUCUCCUCCUCCUCCUCUAUCUCAGGUUCUGCUCGUCGUUCCUGUUUCCGUCUGAGUGAAGAUUUAAAGACGCAGUGACGCUCAUUAUCGACUUAAUGACUUCUUAUUGUUAAAACACACCUGUUACCCACAAUGCACCUGGACCUCUGAUUAGUUGAUGAACUGAUGGACGGUGACGCCUCAACGCAGCUAAACGUUAGCUUCAAGGUUCACACCAGGACUGGACCCAGGACUGGACCCAGGACUAGAACCAGGACCGGGACCAGAGCUCUGGCCUCAGGACGUUGUUUAAAUGUUUGUGAGCUAGUCUUGAAAUCAUGAAUCACUUAAAGGGACAGUUCCACUUUUCUCUGAACAGAUUCUCAUCUUUAAAACUCUAUAAACCGAUAUCAGAGUCUGGAUCGAAGCUAAACGAGGUUUUAAUUAAUUUCUGCUGAACUGUCCCUUUAAGUCGUCACUUCCUCCUCCUCCUCCUCCUCCUCUUCAUCAUGGCUGACGGGUCAUGUGACUUUUAGCUCGCCUGUGUCCGGACCCGAACCAGGACCAGGACCAGGACCCGGACCCGGACCCGGACCCAGUAUGUGUCCUGUGAUGCUUUGAAGGAGCCGUGUUGGACUCUGUGGUUUUUAACGCUUUAACUCUUUAUUUUUCUCGGCCGGUUUGUGAUGAGCUCGCGUCGACUCGUCUGUGGAAGGACUCGGUUUUUGAACUAUUUAUAUUUCCUAGAUUCUGAAUUCAACCUGAUGCAGUUUUACAGCCGUUUGUACCUUUGCUAAAAAACAAUAAAGAAAAGAAGAAGA